AUGUUAUUGACGGACGAUGGCUUUGAGGCAAAUUUCGCUCUGUCGGUUGGUCGGUCGGUUGGUGGACGAACGGCGGCCGGCGGCCGUCGUUACGGUCACUCGCCAGACGCCAAAAGAUCGACGAUACUGGCUCCAUUCCACUGUUGCGGUAGUCGUAAAGCGCUUAGGAUAAUUGCUCUGUCAGAGCGGUCUCAUUCGCACAAGACGUGA